ACAGGAUCCAGGCCUGUCAGUCUGCUAGCUCUGCAGAGGAAGAUGGCGCCUCAUAGAGACAGGGUCUCUACGCUGCCCCGGCUCCAACUGCUAGUGCUGUUGUUGCUGCCGCUGCUGCUUGUGCCCCAGCCCAUCGCAGGUCAUGGCGGCAAGUACUCGCGGGAGAAGAAUGAGCCCGAGAUGGCCGCCAAGCGUGAGUCCGGGGAGGAGUUCCGCAUGGAGAAGCUGAACCAGCUAUGGGAGAAGGCCAAGCGGCUGCAUCUGUCUCCUGUGAGGCUGGCCGAGCUGCAUUCUGACCUGAAGAUACAAGAAAGGGACGAACUCAACUGGAAGAAGCUGAAGGUGGAAGGCUUAGACGAGGAUGGGGAGAAAGAAGCAAAACUGGUCCACAAUCUCAAUGUCAUCCUGGCCAGGUACGGACUGGAUGGGAGGAAGGACACCCAGACGGUGCACAGCAACGCCCUCAAUGAAGACACCCAGGAUGAGCUGGGGGACCCCAGGUUGGAAAAGCUGUGGCACAAGGCAAAGACAUCAGGGAAAUUCUCCAGUGAAGAACUGGACAAGCUGUGGCGAGAGUUUCUGCACUACAAAGAGAAGAUCCACGAGUACAACGUGCUGCUAGACUCACUGAGCAGAGCUGAAGAAGGUUAUGAGAACCUUCUCAGCCCCUCUGACAUGACCCACAUCAAGAGCGACACCCUGGCCAGCAAGCACAGUGAACUGAAGGACAGACUGCGUAGUAUCAACCAGGGCCUAGACCGCCUGAGGAAGGUCAGCCACCAGGGCUACGGCCCCGCCACUGAGUUUGAAGAGCCCCGAGUGAUAGAUCUGUGGGACCUGGCUCAGUCUGCCAACUUCACCGAGAAGGAACUGGAGUCGUUCAGGGAGGAGCUUAAGCACUUCGAGGCCAAAAUCGAAAAGCACAACCACUACCAGAAGCAGCUGGAGAUUUCCCACCAGAAGCUGAAGCACGUGGAGAGCAUCGGUGACCCCGAGCACAUCAGCCGCAACAAGGAGAAGUACGUCCUGCUGGAGGAGAAGACCAAGGAGCUGGGCUACAAGGUGAAGAAGCAUCUGCAGGACCUGUCCAGCAGGGUCUCAAGGGCUCGGCACAAUGAGCUCUGAGACCAGAAGCCACCGGCAGUAGCCUAGAGAGGCUCUUGAAGACACUGGGAACUGUCAGCUUGUCAUCAGCUCACAUGCUGGUGUGGCUGUCCACAGUGGCAAGGAGAAAUACCGAUCUGAUCCUGCUGCGGCUGGCAAGGACUAAUUUUCUUUCAAGCAAGUGUAGCUGUCACCGCCCUAGUUGAGGGCCUUGGGUACAUCUACCAAUGAGAUAUGACCGGUCUCCAUGCUGCAGCAAAAGUUUACAUUGAAAUUAUAUAAAUCUGUCACUGGAAAUGUUAUGUACAGAGUCCUUAAAUACAUGGCAGGGUUUUGAGCCAUCUAGUCCUUGCCUGGUAUCUCGAGGGAUGGGUCCACUUGAGCCAAAGGUAGCACCGUGGCAAAUUACAAAAAACAGAUGAAAGGCGGAAUUACCCCUUGUAGUUGAUAUAGAUGACUGGUCUACCCCCUGGAAGCAUUGCCCUCCCCCCACUUCACUCACCCCCUCUCUCCCCAGGGAUCUGAUCCCAGAUAGUUUUAAAUCAAGAGAUUUCAGGACAAAGAUAGCAGAGGUGAAAGCCUUCAAGUCUUGUCGGGCAAACAUUUUCUGCCUCCCCAAAGACCCCAGUUGGUUUCCAUAUCAGAUUUAGUAUCUGAUCUCUCACACAGAGUAGCCAAAAGUUUGUCUGACCCCAGCAACUGAUCCUUCAAGAUCAUGGCGUUUAUUAGCUGCUGGAUCUUGGCUCAAAACUCUGCCUAUGAGGAGUACGCAGUCAGCCAUGUCUGUAGGAAUAGCAAAGCUGCAAAGACACUCGGUGAAUAAAAUGCUCACCCAGCAUUAGGUCUCCAGCUGGGAUCUGCAGAGCCGUGUGAAUGCCUUGCUGUGAUUACUUACCUGUAGUCCCAGCACUUAGAGGAAGGACAGCAGGGCAAGCUGGGUAGCUAUCCCAGCCAAAUAAGCAAAAGGAGCAUGACGGGAGAAGGCACAUCAUUCUGAUGUGUGCACACACUCACAUGUAUGUAUACCUAUACACAAGGGAACACUCACACACACUCAUGGGCAAAACCCCCAGGACAUCAUGCAAGAAGCCCGUGGGUUAAGGACAGCAGCAGCAUAGAGCAGCAGGCAGUGUGGUUCCCUCACCCACGCUGUCUGCCACCAUCCAGGCCAGCUGGGAGAUGUAAGUAUCUUCCCAGAGCCCUCAGCAGUGUCUGAGGCCCAGAGAAAUUCUUGUUGCUAGGGUCUCGGCUCUGCCUUCCUGGUUCACCCAACACAUAUACUCGGGUACCCACCAAGGCCUCCCGCGCCACCCAGCCCAGGGGACUGGGCUCACCAUUGGGCCCUAGACAUCAGGCUCAGAGUCAAGUGCAGGAGGAGCGCCUGGCUAUCCGUGCAUCUUCACCAAUGUUUGCGUCCCUAGAGCCAGAGGCCGCGACUGCAUCCUAGGGCUUAGAAAUAGACAUGAUGACGUAAAAUGUGUUUGUGCCAGUACACAGCCCAGCGAACCCUCUCAGUGUGAGUGACAUAGAGCCCACAGCUGAGUUAGGGAGCGGGUGUGACCUGUGUACGAGCUGCCUGCUGGGGCUGACUUCAGUCAUGGGGGCCACCCUGACCCUGCAGACUUCCCUGGGUGAGUGUGACUUCUACGGCAAGGGAGCCUCAAGCUAUAAACCUAGAUGAGGUUCUGGCUCGUCACCUAGCAAAGGUGGCAAGAUCCUCAGGUUGGCAGGUCAAGGUCUUUGCUUAAGCCUAACUUCAAUCCAUAUGGUGAAGGAGAACAGGUUCGUGCAGCUGUCCUCUGAUCACAUGUGCUGCGGCAUGCGAGUUAACACAAUGAAAUAAAAUGUCUUCUAAAGCA